AUGAGUGGCACAAUUGUUCGGGCUCUCAACUGGGAUAUUGGAUUUGAACAGCGCUUUCUAGCCGUCAAUCCCCUAGGAGACGAGAUUACCAUCUACCAAACCCACCAUGAAGACCCCGGAAUUGAGCUGAAUGAUAUCGUGAAAGUACACUCUCAUACGGGAAUUGAAUACAUCCAGUGUAUGUCUUACCUGCAAAAGCAUGUGGGAUGGACUGGAGUGGGUACUAUGGACGGGUUGGUGCAUAUAUUCGACGUCACCAAGACAAACUCGCCAACUCUACGGCUCAAACUGAAGCAGAGCAGACCGUGUAACUCGGUGACGUUCAACGACGGGUCCCUUGUGGCUGCUACGUUCGACAAAAGUAGACAAGAUAGUUCUCUACAGAUUUGGGAUAUUACCAAGCAUGCAAGAGUAUUUACGGAUAGAACAGGAGUGGAAGAUUCCCAGACAUUGAAGUCCAGCUAUGGAUACUUGGCCAAUGAGGCUACGCUUUCAACAAUUUUCAAUCGAAGUGAUCCAUCAGGUAUGCUCCUUAUGGCUGGAGGCUACAAAUUGUUGCGAGAAUUUGAUCUUCGAGAGACAUCAACGGCUCCCAUCUACCAAGUGGCUACGAAAUGCACAAUGAACCUUACACUUGACCAUUUCCAGCCGUAUAUGUUUUCAUCGCUUAGCGAGGACGGCUCUGUGUCUAUAUGGGACAGGCGGAAGCUUACAGGCACUGGCAAAGGUUCAGUGACCUCGGAAGCUCCAGCACUCUACUUUUCCAAGUUGGUUUCGGACCUGCUGCGCCGCCAUACCGCAUGCUUCCGGUACUCAACGAUCAGACGUGGUGAAUUUGCGGCUGUAUUCAACGGAAACCUUAUUCGUCGUUGGAAUACCGGCUGCGUGCCUGCUCUGGAUUCUUUGCCUACCUUCACAGCCACUUCCGCAACCGACACAGUUGCGAGCUUGAAACAACAGGCCGCAGAGUUGUACGAUCCAAGAAGCGACUCGCCAUUUGUGGCGCUCGUUCUUGAUUCAAAAACAGAUUUACCCCGAGUGAUAUCGUUCGAUUACUCUCCAGAUACUUCAUCCGACACAUCCACCAAUUUUGUUUGCAUGAGAGAGAAGGGUCUGGUGUUCCGUAUGCCUGUGGUGGAAAGCAUCGAGUCUCUAGAUUUCAACUCAUACAACGAGUUUACCAUGGCAGGUCCUGAGGGCACGCAUACCAACUUUAUGGACGAUAUCACUAUCGCUGACCCUAAACCUUUGGUGGUACAUCAGUCGCAGACCACAUCCAACCAGAGUAAGUACGAUAUACAUCCGGAGUUUUCUGAGGAGAUCGUGUCGACUAUCGGCGAUGAGGAAAGCACGGAGCCACUUUCUGCACCGCUGACUCAACCCAAACGAGAAAAACCAUACAAAAACUAUGAAGAUGAGGAUGUUUUUAUUCCUCUACGCCGAAUCUUGGAUCUCACUGACGUUAUGGGCAACGACAUCGCCUGUAAGAUCCGCCAGAGAGCAUUGUUGGGCUAUGGGGUGAAUCCCGAAAAGAACGUCGACGUUUUGGUCCAGGUCGAAAGUAUUGGGGCGUCUUUGGCACUUCGAAGUACAUGGAAGUGGCUAGCACUAGCCAAGAAGUCGCUCGAUAAGGGAACCAUGGUCAUUGAGGGCGUGGAUUUGGGAUACACGGGAGUGUUGUCAAUGUGGAGGGGAAUGGAGGAACUUCAGGGCCAAAGCAGAGCCACAUUGAAACAGCAAGUGACUGAGCUGACAUUCGUCAAUGCAGUUAGAGCCAUUGUGUCUAGUAAGGGCAAGAAAUCGUCAGGAAUCAGUAUUUUCAGUCUGAGUGACUUCAAACUCCAGAGGAAACUCUGUCUUAUAGUGAGUGGAUGGUAUCUUACUGAAAAUGAGUUCGACGAAAAACUCAACGAUCUUGUGAGAAAUGGAGAGGUUGAAAAAGCAGCUGGAUGGGCGGUUUUCCAUGGAAAUGUUUCUCGAGCAGUGGAGAUCUUGGCUCUGUCCAAGAAAGAAAGACUCCAAUUGAUGUCUACAGCAGUGGCAGGCUAUUUGGCCUACAAAGAUGCCAGUGUGAAUCUGCCUUGGAAUGACCAGUGCCGCAAACUUUCGCUGGAACUCGAGAAUCCAUAUUUAAGAGCGAUUUUUGCGUUCAUUGCCGACAGAAACUGGUGGGACGUCCUUGAUGAGAACGCAUUACCUUUGCGAGAACGAAUUGGUAUUGCUGUUAGGUUUCUCUCAGAUAAGGACUUGAAUGUCUAUUUGAAAAGAUUAACUGAAACAGUCGUGACCCGUGGAGAACUCGAGGGCUUGAUUUUGACGGGGCUCACGCCUCGUGGAAUCGACCUUCUUCAGAGCUACGUAGACAGGACUUCUGAUGUCCAGACUGCAGCGUUGAUGGCGCAGUUUGCCGUUCCAAGGUAUUUCAAGGAUGAGCGAGUAGAUCACUGGAUCGACUGCUACCGAGACCUUCUCAAUCUGUGGGCACUUUUCAAGAUUCGAGCUCAGUUUGAUGUUGCCCGAACCAAACUGUCGAAAACUUCCAACAACAUCACCACACUCAAGGCUGCACCUCGCCAGGUGUAUCUCCAGUGCUUGAGAUGCAACAAGAACAUGUCCACGCCAGGAGCGAAGAACAUGAAGGGAAAUGCACUGAUGAUGAUUCAGCAAUUUAACCACAGACUCAAUCUCAAGGGACCUAUGCAAGACUUUGGUGUUUGUCCACACUGUCGUUCUCCACUUCCUCGGUGUGCCAUUUGUCUUCUUACAUUGGGCACAGCCAUUCCGAAUGCUGCAGAACCCAAGGUGGAAGAUGGAAUACUUGAUCAGCUCCACCACAAUUUCAACAACAAAUUCAGUUUCUGUUUGAGUUGCAAUCACGGCUAUCAUGCGCAUCAUGCAGAGGAGUGGUUCAGUAAGCAUUAUGUGUGUCCUGUUCCUGAUUGUAACUGUCGGUGCAACAACAAGUAA